AUGGCGAUGGAUAACUUUGAAAAUGCCGUGAGCGAUUUCCAAAACGAGCUCGGGCUGAUCGAUUCCAAGAGAGAAUUGCUUAAAGAGAUGAUUACGCUUCGUUUCACCGAUCUGCAAAAUGAUAAUGCGAUCAUGGUGUUACAAGUGAAAGUACGGGAAAUGUUUGCUCAACUUGGUGAAGAGUAUGCAAGAUUGCUCAAAGAGCAAAUCUCAAUCGUAAAGAAACUCGAAGAUGUGGAUGGGAUUUUGCAGAAAUCUCAAGUACUUCAGCAAGGUCGCUAUGAGCUGAGUAAGGCUGAAUUUUUGAGUGAAGCGUCGAUGAAUUUGCCAAAUAUUGAUCAAAAAAUGCUUGCGCAAAUGCUCGACAAUUACAAGGAUUCUGUCAGCGUUGAAUUCAGAAAGCACGAAAACGAGUUUGAGGCUCAAGUACGCACGCAUCUCAAUAUGGAGAAAUUGAAGGCGAAAAUGGAGGCAAUCCGUGCGAAACAACAAGAAACACAACGGAAAUUCAAUGAUGAGAAAGAAAAACACAAGAUGAGCUCAAUGAAAUGCAAAAGAAACUGGAUCAAGAGAAACGGGCUCGCGAAUCGACCGAGAAGCACCAGGCAAUGCAUCCAA